UCUUUGUCACCUGUUUAGGUUCAACUGCUUAAUUCAAGAAAACCAGACCUGGGUAGGAUCAAAGUUCCUUGACCAUAUUAUCGAAUAUCUUUAUGCAUUUAUUCGUUUUAGUUUGCUAUGCUACAAACUUGACGCGUUGAUUGGUAGCCUGGAGAAAGCUGCAGCUGGACAGAUGUGUUUGCGUUAACCCUGUCGAGUGCGUCAUAUCAAAAUCCACAGUGGGGUCAGGCUAACUCGGACCUCCUGCAAGCUUGCCAAAUGAUGCAUGCCCUUUGUGGGUUAACUAGACAUUACAAACCGAGCUCUUAGCCCUAUAGGAAAUAAAAUCAAUUAUCAUUCUGAAGCAAACAGUAUGGGGUUUGGGAUUUUGCAGAGCUUAAUCAGUUUAAAGUCCACAGUGCUUGUAGCCUUCACUUCACUUUUGUAUAUUUGUUGUUUGAAAAAAUUAUUUGAUGAGAAUUUUAUCAGUGAAAAAAAAUAUAUUUUUGCAUUGCUCUAAAGAUUAUUGUUCACAGAAAACUAUUUUAAUGCUCUUUGUUUCCAAAGAGUAUGUAUUAUUGCUAUAGCGAAACACUUAUUUCAUCCAUUCCUAAUUGCUUAACAUGGAACCAGUUGCCUGUUGCUUCAUGCACUUUUCCUAUCUGCUCGAUUUUCUUGAGGUCUUGGUGUUUUAAGGUCAUGACCCAGACCACCACCAGAUAUAAAUAGCGCCUAGUUAUUUAACCUGUCACAUUUAAACCAAACCCUAAAAGAGUUCCACUGAGGUGAAAAACGAUGCCGGUAGUGACGCAGCUCUCUCAGAAAUAAUAAUCUCAGAAAUAAUGAUUCUGUAAAUUUUCAGUCACCAGAGAAAGAGUAUUCGUUGCUGCGAGUAGCAAUGUGUGUGCAAAUGGGAACUCCAACUCUGGACUUAAACUAAUCUAGUGAAUAUUCUAUCAUUUAUCAAUGCCACUGCAAAACUGUAAUUAUUUGGGCGCAAUAUUUUCCCUGAAAUGCAGAAUUUAGCCCAGGUGCAUUUACGGUCGCUUAGGGCUUCGGAGUGAUUUGAAUCUGCAUGUCAGUGGAAGUGUUAAAUAUAUGGCUAAUUAUGCGUAUGAAAAUUAAACAACAGUGUUAUGCAAAUUCAACUGGUUUCAGCUGUGGCUUCAGCACUUGAGACUAGCAUUUAAUCAAAUGAAGCUAGUAAUACAUCUGUCCCUGAAACAAUAAGGGCACAGACAAAAGCGGUAGACCAUUUCUUAUUAAUUAUAUUUAUGUAGUGCUUUCAGAGUAGAACAAAAAUGUUAAAAAUAUAUUCUGAAAAAAGUGUGUUUAUUGUUACAUUGCAAUGUUAAUAAUAAUAAUAAUAAUGAUAAUAAUAAUAAUUGCUGGAAACAACAACAACAACAACAACAAUAAUAAUAAUAAUAAUAAUAAUAAUAAUAAUAAUAAUAGAGGCUCUAGGUAAAUGUAACUUUUUUUUGGUUUGUUUACAUCAGUCUAAUUUAGCAAUUUAAUCUGACUGCUUUGUUAUUUAAUUUGGUUCACAAAAAUGGAGCUGAUCAUGAUUACACCACGUUAGCCGUUAACUAAAUCUAGUUUCAGGUAGAAAAGAGAAAAUGCGUUCAUUAAGCAUGUUUUAUGCAACAGAAUAUUACCAAUGCCUUAUUAUGUGUGAAUUAUUUGUUUCUCUGUUUUGGGCGAUUUGUUUUAAUAAACGAGAGAUUAAAAACAACAACAACAAAACAGCAUUUCUCAGUGACCCUCCCCUGAAUUCCCUUUUUAGCCUUGAACAUUUGGCUCUCAGGUUUGUCUUAUUUCUCGUGUUAUCAUAUUCCUCGGACCCUACCCCGAGCUCUCCAAUCCCCGCCACGCUUGGAGCGGGUGGACCAAUCAGAGAGCAGCUUGGAUAAAUAUUCAUGAUUCCCUGAUUCAAACGUUUGAGCGAGUUUGUGUAGAUCCGCCGCAUCACACCUAGACUUUUCACAGAGACAAACUACAUUUUCUUAUGAAUGGAAAGUGAAAAAAUCAGUUCAGCUUAAAUUGGGAUCCAUCCUUCACUGAGAUAGAAGAAAACAAAAAAAGGCAGGAGAAGAGAGAUUCGCACUGAAGACAUGACAAUGACCACAAUACCAGAGAGUCUAAACAGCCCCGUCUCAGGAAAGAGCGUUUUCAUGGAAUUUGGGCCACCAAGUCAACAAAUGUCGCCUUCAUCUAUGUCUCACGGACAUUAUUCAAUGCACUGUUUACAUUCAGCCGGUCAUCCUCAGCACGACAGCUCGUACAGUCCCGCUCCGUCUUUCCCCAGAUCGCUGGCUUAUCCAUAUGUCAACUCAGUCGGUAGCCAUUCGUCAAGUCCAUAUCUCAGUAGCGUUCAGACUUACCAAAACAGCACGGCGUUAACGCAGACGCGCUUAGAAGACGCAGCACCAGAAACGGAGAAGAGCACGGUGGUGGAGGGAGGAGAGGUGCGCUUCAACGGAAAGGGGAAAAAGAUUCGCAAACCUCGGACUAUCUACUCCAGCCUCCAGCUGCAGGCGCUGAACCGCAGAUUUCAGCAGACGCAGUACCUGGCGCUGCCGGAGAGAGCAGAGCUGGCCGCGUCUCUGGGGCUCACACAGACCCAGGUCAAGAUCUGGUUUCAGAACAAACGAUCCAAGUUUAAGAAGUUGAUGAAGCAAGGCGGAGGAAGCAUAGACACGAGCGCACUGGCCAAUGGCCGCGGACUGAGCGCCGGUUCGCCCUCCGUGGCGCCCGUAUGGAACUCAUCCGCUAGCGUUAAAACCUCCGUCGGCACGCCGAGCUCGUACAUCCCGAGCUACACCUCUUGGUAUCCCAGCACGCACCAGGACUCUAUGCAGCAGCCGCAGCUCAUGUGAAGGCAGUGCUUAGCGGACCCCGCCCCUCUUCCUUCGCGGAGGACCCGGAUGAGGGGAGCACGCGACCCUGCCGCCCGGCUCUCCGGCCCUCAGCCCAUACAGUACAGACUGCGAUCACACACCGCGAUCACACCGGAGCACACCGCACAAGCACACCGACACACCGGCAGCAACAGCCUGGAGGCCGAGACACUGAGAAAGAAGCGUCUGCGGCGGAGGAACACGUUUCCCUCCUUUACUUUCAGAGCGGAUUUCCCAGACAGUUGGGUCAAAUGAAGCUGCUCCUGAUAUUUCCUUUUUACCUGACAUUUUACUGUGUGUAAAACAUUAUAUAAAGCUGUAACACGUGAAAAAAAAAAUAUUUACUCAUGUUUCAGACUGGCAUUUUUGCCUGGAGAAUGGAACAAAUGCGUUUAUUUGGCAUGAUUUACCUAAAAGCAACAGUCUGCCUUUUUACAGCCGCCAGUUGUUAAUAUCUACACGCAAAAACAUAUCUUACAUAGACUAUAUUUUCUACAGAGAAGGGGGAAUGGGUUGUGCUGUGCCAGGCUCUGAGCAUUUGGAAUAGUAUAGGGUAAAAUCAUGCGAGGAGCCUGGUUCUCCUGAGUCCAAAGAGCAAAUCUUUAUAGGCUAACUUAAGUCAUUUUGGCAGUGUGGAGCUUCUUUGUGUGUUUAUUUAAAGUAACUUAUUUAGAUUUCGUUUAUGUCCGUUUGUAUGUUUAUUUAAAAUGAAUGUUCUUUAAAAGAUAUGGCUGCACUAAAGUGAGCAACACUUUACUUUGAUUGGAGAUGAAUUUAAGCCGAGUGCUUGUCCCCCCCCCCCCCCCAUCCCACCCCCCCGCGGACACAAAGCAACACAAAGAGUGUUUAGAGCUCAUGUACAGAAAAAGCCUUUUUUUUAGAUUGUGCUGUUAAUGAUGUGAAAAGGAUUUCGACCCGACUAUGUUUAUUACAAAUUAAUGUGUUUAGCGUUCUACAUGGCAAAAUAGUUUUUAUAUUGGUCAAAUUAAUUUAUUGUUUUUUUGUUUGUUUGUUUGUUUUAUGGAUUCGUGUACAAUGUGUAAACUCUGACAGUAAAAUUCACACUUUAAAAGA